GGAAAUGAAAUGACUUUGGGUCUUCCCCCGUCCCCAUCAGUUAUGUGUCGCCUUUGCCCUGGAGCAGGAAGAUGUUUAUCCUCGUUAAGCUUUGGGAUUUAUUGCCACAUUAGGCUUUCAAGCAGGCUGAGAGUCUAAUGGAGCAAAAUCAUAUUAGGAACAUAAUAAAUAUAUUGUGGAAGAUACAUGUGUUUGUUUAAAAAAUAACUAUGUUACAGUAAACCCACUUGCUCAUAAUUCAUGAGCUCUUUGACCUGCUCGUUUCGUACCCUACAGAUGGUGCAUUAAGACUGAAGCCACAAGUAUUUAUUUUUCUUUACUUAGCUCUUGUUUUGCACAUUCACUGCUUUCUGCCAUCCACCCAGCCAGUCAUUCUGUCACAGAAGGCACAGAGAGGGCGCGGGGACCCCAUCAGCCUCUCCAGCACCUCUGCUAGGGUGCAUUGUCACGUGCAGUGUAGGGACCUGGGUUGUGCCGAGGUGGCUGAAUCCUCCAGGAGGACCAAAACCUACGGUAAGAUCACAGGCUCAUAGGUUCAUUGGAUAAUUCAGGCUGGAGAGGCUUCAGAAGACCUCUGGUCCAACAUCCUGCUCAAAGCAGGGACAGCUAUGGGGUCAGACAAGGCUGCUCAUGGCUUUAUCCUGUUGGGUCUGGACAACUUCUAAGGACGGAGACACACAGCCUCCUGGCAACCUGCUCCCAUGCCUGACAGUCCUCAUGAGGAAACACCUCUCAUUAUAUCCAGUCUAAAUUUCCCUUGUUUCUUAUACCUGCUGUCUCUCAUCUUCCCACCCUGCACUGCUGUGAAGGUUUGGCCUUCUUGAUAGCCUCUGUGUAGGUAGGGGAAGGCUAUUGUUGGGUCCCUGCAAAGCCUUCUCUUCUCUGGGCUGAAAAAGCCUCUUUCCUCGGUCUCUUAUCCUGGGGCAUUGCUCCAGCGCCCAUCUAUCUCAGUGGCCUGCUGGCAUCUUUCCUUGGUCUCUUACCCUCAGGCAUUUCUCCAACUCCCACGCACCUCAGUGGCCUUCUGCUGAGCUCACUAGGGUAGGCAUCUGCUAGAUCUCUGUAAAGGCCUCACUCACCUCAUACUCUUGAUCCCUGUGUCCCACAUCCCCUGUGCCCCUCCCCUCUGAUUCGGACCCAGAGGCUUUCCGUGGAUGCCUCCCCAGUGCUUCUGAACCUGCAACUUCUUGUGCUUCGGCUUGCGUUCGCCUCUUGUUAAUAGCAGCCAUGAGCACCAGACAAGUGGGGCUCUGCUCAUUUAUUUCCCUUCAUCUGACAGUAACGCAGAUUAUGAACGGAGCAACAAUUUGGAUGUGAGAGCCACUGAAAAUCCACCCUACCCUGGUGGCCAUCUUCUGAGCUGAGAGCAGUAGCAUCUAAGUGCCCAGGUCUUUAUUAUAUUUUGCAUCUGCUUCCAAUGUUGGUUUCUUAACUAAGAAGCCAGAGCUAAACUUUCACCAUUUUCAUGUCCUUUGAUCUCCAGUUAACAUCAAAACCAAGGCAGCUGCUUAGCAGCUUACUUUUGGUUGGGAUGGCAGUAGAAAGAGCAUUUGCUCACUCAAUAAAGCAUCUCAACCUAUGGAAUUUGGGGAAAAAUUUAAAACAAUACCACUUACUAGGAAUGUUUUCACUUUAAUAUUAAGAAAAAAUGUUUUCCUUUUUUUUUCUUUUUUAAGAAAUUAUUCUUUCAUGUCCAUCCUUUUCCUUUAUUUUAUAGUUUAAUGGAUAAGCGAAAGUAUAGUCAUAUGUGGCACUGUAGUAAUUAUAAGAGUGUCCUAAACUGCAUGGGGGCAUCUGCAUAGGUCGGUGGGGAGGCGGAGGGAUGUGGCGCUUGUCGUUACCCACUUCUGUACUCAAUGGAGAGUCCAACUAUGUGGAGUUUUUGUUGUUGAUCUGUUUUAGGUGUAAGUCAUGCGAGAGCUGAGCUGGGAUGGAGCAUGACUCACAUACCACGUGGGAAUACAAUGGCUCCUUCUAUCAGCCUUCAGCUUUCCUCAUGAUGGGCAUCCCAGGCCUGGAAGCCCUUCACUACUGGAUCUCCAUCCCUUUCUGUGCGCUGUACCUUAUUGCUCUCUUGGGAAACUGCAUGAUCCUCUUCAUCAUAAAGAAGACCCAAAGUCUUCAUGAGCCAAUGUACUACUUCCUCUCCAUGCUGGCAGUCACUGACCUGGGCUUGGUUCUGUGUACGCUGCCUACUACCCUGGGCAUUUUUUGGUUUAAUAUGCGAAGGAUUGGGUUUGAUGCUUGCCUCACUCAGAUGUAUUUCAUCCACAUACUGUCCUUCAUUGAAUCCUCUGUGCUCCUGGCAAUGGCGUUUGACCGCUUCAUUGCCAUCUCCCAUCCACUGAGACACCCAUCCAUACUGACCAAGACGACUGUCAUAAAAAUAGCUCUGGCAAUUAUAUUGAGAGGUAUGGUCUCCCUCCUUCCCAUACCGUUCUUGCUCAAGAGACUAACCUAUUGUGGGAAGACUGAGCUUUCUCAUUCUUUUUGCUUCCAUCCUGAUAUCAUGAACCUAGCAUGUACAGAUAUAAAAGUCAAUGUCUUCUACGGUAUGAUUAUUCUCUUAUCAACAGUGGGGAUGGACUUCAUCUUCAUUGUGCUGUCCUACAUUCUGAUCAUUAAAACUGUUAUCGGCCUUGCAACCAAGGAGGAGUGUCUCAAGGCUUUGAAUACUUGUGUCUCCCACAUCUGUGCUGUUCUAGUGUUCUUCAUCCCAAUGAUCGGACUAUCCAUGAUCCAUCGUUUUGGAAAGAGUGUUCCUCCCCUGGUUAACACUUUGGUGGCCUACACCUACCUUAUAAUCCCCCCCGCUCUCAACCCCAUUAUCUACAGCAUAAAAUCCAGCCACAUCCGUGAGGCUUUGCUCAGGACACUGCGGAGGAAGAGUGGAUCUGACUGGUAGCUUCCUGCACCAGUUCUGCCAGAAAGUGCUAGUGGACUAGUUUCUUGGUCAGAGCUAGUGGACUGGUUCGUUGGUGCUCCAUCCACGGUGGGUCAGUGUCAGAGGAAAGAACUGCAGAUCCACCUGGAGGCUGCCCCUCAGCCCAGAGCUGUGACUUGCCAUUUUUGUCCUAGCAUGAUGCUUUCACCCCUUCCAGCAGCCUGCGAACACCCCAAGCAUUAAUGCCAGUGAUGUGUACAGACGGAAGCCCCUAUUAGAGGGAGACAAUCAAAAAAAAAGAGGGCUGCGUGACUUUGUCUUUUCAAGUCAUGUGAUGGGGUGGAUCAAGGAACCUCUGCAACGCAUAUCAUGCAAAGUCUAGUCGCCAGAUUAUACCCUGUAAGCUUCCCUCAGACUCCCUCACUGCGCGUUACAGCAUAGCUAAGCCAGGCAGCAAGCUCAACAGGACAGGGCUUGGGCCAAGAGUUUGGAGCCACUCUGCAUAUCCCAGUCAUUCAUCAGUUGCUCAGCUGGAGACAUCCCACAAGAUGGAGCUCAGCUCCAGAGGCUGAGCACAGAGCAUUCUCUGAAGAUUAGGUACUGUUACGUGGGCCCGCAGCACUCUCAGUCCUUCUAAAAAAAAGGCUCAACCUUCAUCUUCAUCUGCGUUUCUGCAGUGCCACAGGUAUCUACAGCGAUGGAAACAGUGCUGCUUUUGCAUCUCUUUCUGAUGCCAUUAAGUCUUACCAUCUUGCCAAGGCUAAUGGUCCAGGCAUUGUUUUGCGUUGAAUGUGAUGUACGUGUGCAAUAUCUUCAAUAAAAGACACCUA